GCGAGCGAGGCGAGUCUGGCUGCUCGGGUUCUUUCACCUCCCCGGAGUGGGGCUGGGACGGGCUUGGGGAUGGACCAUUCCCGGCUGGGACCAGAACCUUAACCCUGAGGGCCAGAGCUGAGGCUUUCUCCCCCAAGGCGGGAGUGAGCCUGGACCCUUUGGUCCAAAGCCGAGGCACGGCCCGUCCGGUUCUGAGUGAGACCAGCCUCUCUGCCCUCUCCCGCCGCCUCCGGGAUACAUUCUGGCCGCACACCCACUAGGACGGCUCUCCAGUUUUAAGGCCACAGCUUAGCUCUGUGCCCUUCACCUUCCCUGGGCCCACCUGCUCCCCACCCACCCACAAGCCACGUCGGGGCUCUGGGCCCUGGAAGGCUGCAGCCUGUUCCUCUCCACCCCCUCGGGAGCAGCUCCACCCCUUCCCCUCGCUGCUCCCUCAGCAGCUGUGCCCCCAGCAUCUGUCUCCAGGGCGUCCCCCCACCCCCACCCCCACCCCGCCCCGCCUUGCCCAGCUGAGCAGUUGAAGCAGACAGCCAGGCUGCCUAGAAGACUUAUUUGGUGGGGCUUCUGUGCUGAGUUGGAAACCCAGCAAAGCCUGCUCUUUCUCCCCACUAUACCCCUGACCCACGAGGCAGCCCACCCAAACCCUCAGAUCCCUGGGUUUGGCGAAUCCUGCUGAAAGUGAGCAGUAGGAGGACUCUCCAAGGCUUCCAGCUUGCCACCUGGAAGAAGGUCACUUUCUUUUGAGCAAAGGAGAUAAUAGGAGGUACCCUGCCAGUGUUCACGGCGAAGCUGGGGUGGCAUGAGCCACAGUUGCUCUGGGAGGGUUGUGGCACCUGGGGCUGGGUGGCUCGCCCUAAGCUUGCUCUGACAAAAGAGUUUUGAGUUGGUUUUUUGGAUGAGUCUGCCGAGGAAGGCAGGCUCCUGCAGGAGUCUUGGAGGGUCGGAUGCAGCGCCGGAUGAGGAUGAGGCGUGGCGGAAGAUGCGUUUGGCUCUGCAGACACUGCAUCGGGCAGCAGGGGACUCUGGGAGGCUGGUGCAGCCAGAAGGCAUGGCUCUUGACAGCCUUCUAGUAGAAUCUCUGGAAUUGUGCAUGACAGAAGAGGAAAGAAACUAACGGGUAUUGAGCACCUACUGUGUGCCAGGCCCAGGCCAGGUUCCCCCUACCACCAGCCAGUCUGUGCAGACUUGCUGCCUGCUGUGUCACCGGGAACGCAAAGGCUGGGAAGAAGGCCCUUCCCAGAACGGACUGGUGUUGCAGGGUGAGAAGCUGCCCCCUGACUUCAUGCCAAAGCUCGUCAAGAAUCUCCUAGGCGAGAUGCCUCUGUGGGUCUGCCAGAGUUGCCGAAAGAGCAUGGAGGAAGAUGAAAGGCAGACAGGUCGAGAACAUGCAGUGGCGGUAGGUAACCGCUGAGAAGGGGUCCCUGAAUGCAGGAGUGCUGCCUGCCCAGAGAAGUUAGGCUGUUGAGCUGUGGCUGCCUUGUGCUCAGGUGGCUGUCCUCAGGCAGCACCUUCGCCCAGGUGCCAAAGAGGCUGCACCCAUACAGCAUUAGCAGCUUGUGGCCCACAUUUGGGGGAAGAAAAGAGAGGUUUCAGGCAGCCCACCAGCCCCCAAGGACAGUGCACCGUGUGAUGGCCGGCGUGGAGGCACUGGUAGAUCGAGAUCCUGACCCUCCCUGUGACUGUGCUGCCUUCAGCUCUGUGGCAGCUCAAAAACCAACCAGUAGGACAUGGAAGGCAAAGGUCAGUUUGAGGGUCUGCAAUGCCUCUGUUAGAAGGCUUCCAAGAUACCCCAUCUAACUGCCAUCUCCUGAACCACAGAGCUCUCAGGACUCCCCAAAGGCCACAGCUGACAGGCAGUCUCUGCCACUACCAGAAUCUCUCAUCACAUCCACAUACUUCACUUCACAGGGAGCACCGCAGCCCCUCCUGGCAAAGGCCUGGCCCAUGUUUGCCCUUGCACCUGGAGUUGUGGGAACUGGGCCAUUCCCACAGUUGGUGGGAGGUGCCCCUGGGGAAGCCAAGGCAGCAGAGGGCCAGCCCUGAUGUUUACUGUUUUACCAUGAGCCUUUUUCUUCCCCAGAUCUCCUUGUCACACACAUCCUGCAAAUCACAGUCUUGUGGGGGUGAUUCUCAUUCCUCUUCGUCCUCCUCUUCAUCGUCCUCUUCCUCGUCCUCCUCCUGCCAUGGGAACUCAGGGGACUGGGAUCCUAGUUCGUUCCUGUCAGCACAUAAGCUCUCGGGCCUCUGGAACUCCCCGCACUCCAGUGGGGCCAUGCCAGGUGGCUCACUCGGGAGCCCUCCUACAAUCCCUGGUGAGGUUUUCCCCAUCUCGGAGCACCACCGGCACUCAGACCUCACUGCUCCACCUAACAGCCCCACCGGCCACCACCCCCAGCCAGCGCCGCUGAUCCCAUCUCACCCCGGAUCCUUUGGCUCACCACCCCACCCGCACCUGCUGCCCACCACCCCAGCAGUGCAUUUCCCUGCCCAGGUUUCAGAAUGCCCUGUUGCCGUGGCUGCUGCCCCCCACACCCCAGGGCCAUGUCAGAGCCCCCACCUUCCCUCCACCAGCAUGCCGCUCCUGAAGAUGCCUCCUCCAUUCUCGGGUUGCAGCCACCCCUGUAGUGGUCACUGCAGCGGGCACUGCAGCGGGCCCCUCCUCCCACCACCCAGCUCUCAGCAGCUCCCUAGCACUCACAGCAGGGACCCUGGGUGCAAGGGGCACAAGUUUACCCACAGUGGCCUGACGUGCCAGCUUCCCCAGCCGUGUGAGGCAGACGAGGGGCUGGGCGAGGAAGAGGACAGCAGCUCAGAGCGUAGCUCCUGCACCUCAUCCUCCACCCACCAGCGAGAUGGGAAGUUCUGUGACUGCUGCUACUGUGAGUUCUUCGGGCACAAUGCGCCACCCGCUGCCCCGACGAGUCGGAAUUAUACCGAGAUCCGAGAGAAGCUUCGCUCAAGGCUGACCAGGCGCAAAGAGGAGCUGCCCAUGAAGGGGGGCGCACUGGGCGGGAUCCCUGGGGAGCCCGCCGUGGAUCAUCGAGAUGUGGAUGAGCUGCUGGAAUUCAUCAACAGCACGGAGCCCAAAGUCCCCAACAGCGCCAGGGCUGCCAAGCGGGCCCGGCACAAGCUGAAAAAGAAGGAAAAAGAGAAGGCCCAGUUGGCAGCAGAAGCUCUGAAGCAAGCAAAUCGUAGUGUUUCUGGAAGCCGGGAGCUGAGGCCUGCCAGGGAGAGUCUUUUGGGGUGGCCCGAUCGGGAGCUGGAUCGGGUCAACAGCUUUCUGAACAGCCGUCUACAGGAGAUCAAGAACACUGUCAAGGACUCCAUCUGUGCCAGCUUCAGUAUGUGUGAGCUCAGCGUGGACAGCAAUGGCUUCUCUAAGGAAGGGGCCACUGAGCCAAAACCUCAGAGUCUAGCCCCCUCAAACCCCAGUGGCUCCUCAGAGCAAAGGCCUGACAUUAACCUUGACCUGUCCCCUUUGACUUUGGGCUCCUCUCAGAACCAUAUGUUGCAAGCUCCAGGAGAGCCAGCCCCACCAUGGGCAGAAAUGAGAAGUCCCCACCCACCAUGGACAGAGGUGAAGGGCCCCCCUCCUGGUAUCAUCCCUGAGAAUGGGCUAGUGAGGAGACUCAACACCGUGCCCAACCUUUCCCGGAUGAUCUGGGUCAAGACACCCAAGCCAGGUAACCCUAGCUCUGAGGAGCCAAGCAUAAAGGGGGCCCCUGGUUGCAAGCAGGAGCUGCCUGAGCCUGUGGCCUCAGGUGGGAAGCCACGGAAGGGCAAGAGACAGGGUAAUCAGGCCAAGAAGAGUGAGGUGAGCCCAGCUUCCCAGUCCCCAGCCUGCCUUGAGACUCCCAGUGCCAAGGGCCAGACCCCUAGCCCCAAGCAGCCAAGCAAGGCCCCAGAGCCUCCCAGAGUGGACAGCUGUGCUGAAGCUGGAGAAGGGAGCCAGGGGACCCGACCAGGACCAGGCUGGGCUGACAGCCCCAAAGCUGACAAGGAGAAGGGCAACUCCUGGCGAAACUGGCCAGGUGAAGCCAAGGCACGGCCUCUGGAGCAGGAGUCUGUACAGCCCCCAGGCCCAGCAAGGCCGCAGAGCUUGCAACAGGGCAAGGGCCGCAGCCGCCGGAGCCGCAACAAGCAGGAGAAGUCAGCCUCCUCCUUGGACGAUGUGUUCCUGCCCAAGGACAUGGAUGGGGUGGAGAUGGAUGAGACUGACCGGGAGGUGGAGUACUUCAAGAGCCCCUGCCAGAACCAGCUUAAGGGUGUCCUGAGAUCCCAACUGCCAGCCGAAGGUCUACAGUUUUCUCCGUCACAUCCCCACCUACCUGCCCAAGACCCCACUCCCCGCUCCACCAUCCUGGACCAACCAAAAGCUGAAUAGAUGCUGUUCAUGCUGGGGCCCCUCAGGACCUCCGCAGAGCCGCUUCCUGGUGCUACGCAGCCUCCACACUCAGAGCCCGGAGGCUGGGCUGGCCUGUGGGCUUGGGGGCUGAUGGUACUGCUGGCCCAACACUGCUCUUUUUGUGUUUGGUUUUUUGUUUUUGUUUUACUUGUUUUUCAAUUCUUUACUUUUGAUACUGUGAAAAAUCUUUCCUGCCGAAAGAUAAAGCAACAUUUGGACACAGA